GCCUCAGCCAAGGGAAGUGCGACACUGGAGGCGGGUCACGUGACGCGGCGGGGCCCGCCCGCUUCCUGGCUGCUUAAGCAAGCGCGCGGGCGGUCCUGCGGGGAGUGAGUGAGGUAUGGCCCCUACGUCGCCUGAGGCCGGGAAGGCGCCGGGCAGGAUCCAGAAGUACUUCACAGCUAGCACAUGUAGCUCAGCCCCGAGGCGGACUCUUACAAUGAUUCAGCCUUCAGCAGCAGGCUGCCUUGUUGGCAGAGGCAAUCAGCCUGCCAAAUCCUCAAUCAAGAGGAAACUUUGGAAUAACCAGUUAAUUUCAAAGAGUUGUAAAGCUGAAGUUGUCAAAAGAGAACAAGAAAAUGAGAGUCUGGAUGACAUCGCUCAAGCUGUGGAUCUUAUAGUAAAAAAAAGUCCCCCAUCUCAGUACUGGAAGGAAGUGGCUGAAGAAAGGAGGAAGGCUCUGUAUGAAGUACUUCAAGAAAAUGAAAAGCUGCACAAAGAAAUUGAACAAAAAGAUGGUGAAAUUGCCCAUUUAAAAGAAGAAAAUGAUGAGCUGUUGUUACUUGCAGAGCACGUGCGGUAUAUGACAAACAUGAUUGAAAGACUGACUGGGCAGGCACCUGACAGCCUUGAUGCAUUAAAGGAUCUAGACUUGGAAGAACUUAAACAGGAGGAUGCAGAGAGGGAUUUGGGGAGUAAUUUAAAUAGUGAUUCAGAAGAGGAGUCUUCAAAGUCGUGUGAUUCUGAGGAGAAUGCUACAGUCUCAUGUGUGAACAAUCCAAGAAGUCUGUGAAUCUGGCUUGGAAACAAAUAGCCAGGGUUUGUGUUUUGCAGCUUCCAUUUUUAUUUUAUUUCUUAAUUCUGAGCUCAUUCUUGGAGGAACCUACUGCCAAACUUACCUCAGGUACAAUUGUUGAAUUUUGUGGAAGCUUUAAAGAUGCAGCAGAUUUUAACUGGUGAUAUGUAGCAAUGGAAAUAUUUGUAUACUGCCUAAACAAGGUUUUAGAAGUCACUUGUAUAAAUGCAAAUACUAUAUAUUUCUAAUUUGUUUUGUAAAUAGUUAUCAGUUGGUCUGACAUACUGUGUCACGCAUACUUGAUUUAAAUAAACUUUAGCAACCUUUC